ACAGCUAACCAUGACAGUGCCGAAAAUAAAAAAAUAUAUUUACAUAUUCAUACUCAAUGAAUGAUUUCCUUAGCCCCAAUUAAAACAGCGAUAAGUCGUAAACACUAAAAAUCACUGCUGGAUUUACGAAAGUAAACAAAGCAACCUCGAUGCAUGGAUCAUUACCCUGCUCUCUAGUGAUUAGAGGUGAGUUCUCACCGUACGAACAAUGUCACUUCCGCUAUGUCAUCUUCGCUCCAUCUGGAGUUGUCAAUAUGUUAUUUAUUUUUAUUUACACAUAUACUGUAAUAGUAAUAACUAAUUAACUCCUGUAAUUAACUUGAGAGAUUGUUCAUUAACCAGAAGACAAUAGAGAAGUAGAAAAAUGUUCUUCUCAAUCUAUCAAUGCCCUCAUCAAUUUUAAGUCUUGCUCCUUCUGUAUAUCACUCAAUUCUAUUUAGAACUCAAUUACAUCUCAAUUAUUUAAUCUACGAACUACAUUGUUGCCCAAACCAUCACACUUUAAUGAAGAUCAUCAUACAGGGAAAUUAUAAAUUAAAAGAGAAAAUUAUGGAUCAGAAACUAGAGCCUGAGAAUAUUGAUUCAUCUAUCCAUACAGAAGAAAAUACACGAAAAUACACAAAAAUAACUUGCCAUGAACAUAAUCACACAAAUGAAAAACUAUACCAAUGUUAUUUAUGUGAUAAAACAUUCUCUACAAAGGGUCAUUUAUCUUCCCACAUAUGUAUCCAAACAGGUGAAAAACCCUACCAAUGUGAUAUCUGUGGUAAAACAUUUGCCUACAGUGGUUAUUUGUCAAACCACAAAUUUGUUCAUACAGGAGAAAGACCAUACUCUUGUGAUAUUUGUAGCCAAACAUUUACUAGAACUGGUCAUUUGCUUGAUCACAAACUUGCUCAUACAGGAAAAAAACCAUUCCGUUGUGAUUUUUGCCAUAAAACAUUUUCCAUGACUAGUGAUUUACAUUCACACAUUUGUAUACACAGAGGAGAGCGACCAUCUUAUCAUUGUGGUGCAUGUGGUCAAACAUUCUUCCAAAGUGCUAGUUUAGAUCAGCACAAAUGUAUCCACACAGGAGAGAAACCAUAUCAAUGUGAUAGCUGUGAUAAAAAAUUUUCUACAGAAGUUUCUUUGUCUUGCCACAGACGUAUGCACACAAGAAUAAGACCUUUAUACCAAUGUGAUUUUUGUGGUAAAGCAUUUUCAAGAGGUGAUUCUUUUUCUAAACACAAACUUAUCCACUCUAAAAAGAGACCAUAUAAAUGCGAUAGCUGUGGUAAAGCAUUUUCUACAAAGACAUUUUUGUCUUACCAUGAACUUAUGCACACAGAAGAAAAACCUUCAUAGAAGUGAGUUAACUUUCCCACAAAGAUAUUCACACAGGAGAAAAGCUAUUGAUAUACUAUGAAAUUUGUGGUGAAACUUUUGCAUAGUCAUUUCUCUCAACACCUAUAUUCACAGAGGAAGGAAGAUCAUACCAUUGUGAUAUCUGUAAUGAUACAUUUCCUAAAAGUAAACAUAUCCAUAAGGGAGGUAAAUCAUAGCUAUGGUGACACUUUGUAAUAAACAGUUACCAUCAAUUAAUGUCCAAUUUUCUAUACUUGCAUGGAUCUGAUGAAAUUCUUUGAGGCAUGUUUUCCCUAGCUAGAUGCCUUUCCUUUCACCAUUUCUCACUUGUUUCCAAGCUAGGUAAAAGAUGUCACUUGUAUGAUGGCGAUAAUCAUAAUUUUUGCAUGAUGUCAGGACAAGGAGACACAAACACAUACAUGCACACGUAUGAACCUCUUUCAGUUUCUGACUACCAGAUCCCCUCACAAGCUUUGGUUGGUUAAAAUUAUUCUCCACAAUAUAAAAAUAUUUAUCUUGCUCUGAAAUAAUUUAAAACUUGAUCUCACUAGAGUUAAUAAUCAAAGGAUAGGAAUUUAGCUCCUAGUUGGGACUCAGUCAUCAUCAGUGCCAUCAUAACUGCACAUAUUCUCUAUACUUGUUUGUACACCCAUAAAUAUCCAGAACAAAUCACUUGCUGCUGUAUUUUUGAUAACUGGUGUCUCUUAGAAUUCUAUAAUACACCAUGAUAGUGUUAAACUGACACCAACCUAAUUUAUUUUGUAUUUUGCUUGAUAUAUGAGUGUGUAUAUGGGGUGGCUGAAUGAAAUCUAGUUCUAAAUUCACAAUUCCUUGGUUAUUUCAUCCAGAUGAUCUAUUCUAGAUGUUCGUCAUUAUUGUUUUAACACAUAUUCUUCCAUGCUUGCAUGGACCAAAUGGAGUUUAUUGAAGCAGAUUUUCUAUGGUCAAAUGCCUUUCUGUUGUCAAUCUACCUCUGUUUCAAAACAAGGUAAAAAUUCCUCAUGGCCCGACAUGUUUUUGCAUAUAUUAGAAUUGAAUGAUACUGUUUGUAUAACAGUGACACUUGUUUACAACUAUCAUGCUGUCAAAGAGACACAAUCAUAUUCUUUCUCUUUCUCUCUCUCUCUCACUCACGCACACACUUGUAUACAAUGGGCUUCUUUCAGUCUACCAAAUACACUCAUAAGGCUUCGGUUGGUCUACAGCCAUAUUAGAAGUGUCAUGCCUUGGACAUCCUUUUAUAUUUAUGAUACCUGAAAUAAUUGCUUAGUUUGUUCUCUUUUCUAUAUUAUUAAUGUAUAGUAAACUGAGUGUUGGUAAGACAUGUCUGUUGUUUCCAUCUAGCUUACUACUUGGAUAAUGUUGGUAAAUCAUUGACAGUUUUAUCAGAUGUCUGAGAAAGUGAACUUCUUGAUAUUGGAUUAUUUAUUCUAUUGUUUAUUGCUCAUGCUCUCAAUUUACUCAGCUAAAUAAAUUCCUUACUAUUGUGGACUUAAUUCAAUGAUUGCAACUACAAGAAAUUAGUGAAAAAGAUUUGCAACUCUAAUAGUUGGCCAAAUAAUAUUUGGAGUUUGUUAACACUUAAAUCAUGAUAAUACUGAAUGAACUCUUUUGAUACCAAUGUGCCUGAGGCUGCUCCUGAAUCUGUGAUACAUACUUCCUCUUUUUAAAGUGAUAUAAGUUAAAAAACCUUUCUAUAUAAUUUCAUGUUCCAAGCACCGGGUUGAUAAGGAGAAAGGUAUCCUAUUGAAUUUUUCAUUAUUUUUAAAAUUGAUUAAAAGAAAGACAUUGUAUAUCAAGAAGAAUAUGAUAGCAAAAAGGGCAAAACUAAAGAAGGCCUUAUGCUGCAAUGAAAAUUUUACACAGAAGCAUAUGAAUUAAUCGAUGUUAGUGAGGAGCCAGUUAAAAUAAUUCCCUUUUCAGCCACAUGAUUGGCAAGAAGUAACUAUAUAAAACAAAUUCUUAGUGGGAUGCUUUAAAAUUGCAUUUUUAUGUGGCAUCUAGUUAUAAAAUGUUUUAUGUAAGAUUACUUGAAUGCAGCUAACAAAUGUAAUUUAACAUCUAUGAGACUUGUGUUGUGUGAAUUUGCUAAAAUUAAUGUGCUGUUCAAAAAAAGAAAUGUUUGAUCACUGUAACAUGAACAGCAUAGUUUUACAAUUUAUGGUUACAAGAAUUUUGUAUACUCAAUGUGAAAUUUGAAAUGAAUUUAGACAUUGAUUUAUAAACAUGCAGUCAUGGUUGUAUGAUUAAGUUUUCUUACUAAGUACAUUAUUAUGAGCUCAGUCACACUGCAUGGCACCUAGGACCAACCAAAGCCUUGUGAGUAAAUUUGCCAAACAAAUUGAAAGCCCAGCACAUCCAUACAUGUAUGAGUGCUUGUGUCUCCUGGUCUUGUUAUGUGAUGUUGUAAACAAGCGUCCCCUUCAUACAAGUAGUGUUGUUUGUUUCCACUCUUCUUUGGAAAUGUGUCAGAUCAUGGGGAAAAAUUACUCUGCUUGGAAGCAAGUGAAUGCUGGUGACAGGAAAGGCAUUCAGUUGUAGAAAAUCUACCUUAUAAAUAGGUGACUUUAUAUAUGAGCUGUUUUAACAGUUUUUAACCAAUAAAAUUUCAUCAAAAAAAUUUUCUAAGAACAAAGCCACACAUUAGAAAAGCUAUCUAAGCCUCUUGAGAUGUACUCAGAACUCUUAAACAGUGUAGCUAGAAAUAGUGAAACCCUUCAGAAGAUUAAAAAUCAUUUCUUCAUCAUCAUCAUCAUUGUUUAACGUCCGCUUUCCAUGCUAGCA